UACGGUGGCACCACUGUAUGAGCUUGCUUUUUUGCCUUCUUUUUAUAUCUCUCUCCAUCCUCUGAGAGAGGGAAGGAGGGAAAAUAAUUUGGUUUGCUGAGAUGGUGGUCCUUCAGGAUUGUUUUUAACUUUGUCUUCUUUUUGAGAAUGUGAAAAACCAGAAAAGAUUUGUAGGCAUGCUUUUUUGACAAUCAAACUGAAAAACUACAGAUUCCUUGUGUACAGAAGUUUUUGGUGUUUUGCUCUUUUCUUUGCUUGCUUCUCCAAGGAAUAGUUUAUUUUUCCUCCUUUUAAAUAUUACUUUCUGGGUUUAUUUUGACCUGUUACCUUACCCUCUGUUAGUGUGCAAUCAACCUCCCUGUUGUUUCUAGUGGCAUUUUCUUGAAGCUAUUUUUCCUUGUCUUUUACUUUUCCCCCGUCUUUGUUUUUUGGUCGGGAUUUUGGUGAGAGGAUUUGUGGGAUGUGGCUCUGAGGGUUGAUCUGGAGUUGGUGAUGGAUCUUUAAUGCGAUUUUUCGUCUAUAUUUUGCGGUAGUCUGGUUGUUCUUUCGCGCUAGAGGGAGAGGGGCUGUCGGUGCUGGUGAUGGCUGGAAGAGCAGCGCCACCGCCUAAGCAAGACGAGUUAGUGCCACAUGCUGUCAAGGACCAACUUCCUGGAAUUUCUUACUGCAUCACCAGUCCUCCUCCAUGGGCGGAAGCCAUUCUACUUGGUUUUCAGCAUUAUCUGGUCAUGCUUGGAACGACUGUUAUAAUACCCACUGCUUUGGUUCCUCAGAUGGGAGGAGGAAAUGAGGAGAAAGUUAGAGUGAUCCAAACGCUGCUUUUUGUUGCUGGCUUGAACACUCUGUUCCAAUCCUUUUUUGGGAGUCGGUUGCCUGCUGUUAUCGGAGGAUCGUACACCUUCGUUGUGCCUACUCUGUCAAUCAUCUUAGCUCGGCGAUAUAGUGGCAUCUUAGACCCACAUGAGAAAUUUAUUCGAACAAUGAGGGGAACUCAGGGUGCUCUGAUAGUUGCAUCUACUCUUCAGAUUAUUAUUGGCUUCAGUGGACUUUGGCGAAAUAUUACCAGGUUUCUUAGUCCACUUUCAGCAGUUCCUCUCAUAACUCUAGCAGGACUUGGGCUUUUUGAGUUUGGUUUUCCUGGGGUGGCAAAGUGCAUUGAGAUUGGCCUCCCUGCACUUAUUGUUCUGGUAGUAUUUUCACAGUAUGUUCCUCAUGCAAUACAGUCAAAGCGGAUGGUUUUUGAUCGGUUUGCUGUUAUAUUUAUGGUUAUCAUCGUGUGGAUCUAUGCUCACCUCCUCACAGUAGGUGGGGCUUACAAGCAUGCACCACCAAAGACUCAAUUUCAUUGUCGGACUGAUCGAGGUGGACUAAUUGGUGCUGCCCCUUGGAUAAGAGUUCCAUAUCCAUUUCAAUGGGGGCCGCCUACUUUUGAUGCUGGAGAAGCUUUUGCCAUGAUGAUGGCAUCAUUUGUCGCUCUUGUGGAGUCUACGGGUACAUUCUAUGCGGUGACAAGAUAUGCCAGUGCCACUCCAAUGCCUCCUUCUAUUCUCAGUCGUGGUAUUGGUUGGCAGGGAAUUGGUAUUCUGUUGGAUGGACUAUUUGGGACAGCCAAUGGAUCUACAGUAUCUGUAGAAAAUGCUGGGCUCCUUGCUUUGACUCGUGUUGGCAGCAGAAGAGUUGUGCAGAUAUCUGCUGGAUUCAUGAUUUUCUUUUCUGUUCUUGGAAAAUUUGGAGCUGUUUUUGCAUCUAUUCCCUUCCCAAUUGUGGCAGCACUUUAUUGCCUUUUCUUUGCAUAUGUUGCUUCUGCUGGGCUUAGCUUCCUUCAGUUCUGCAAUCUCAACAGUUUCAGAACAAAGUUCAUCUUGGGCUUUUCUAUAUUCAUGGGGUUGUCAGUGCCACAGUACUUCAACGAGUACACUUCAUUUGCUGGUUAUGGUCCCGUUCACACUCCUGCAAGAUGGUUCAAUGAUAUGAUUAAUGUCCCAUUUUCAUCGGAAGCAUUUGUUGCCGCACUGAUAGCUUUCUUCCUGGAUAAUACACUUCACUGGCGGGACGGUGGGAACAGGACAGACAGAGGGCACCAUUGGUGGGACAAAUUCCGGUCAUUCAAAACUGACACAAGGAGUGAAGAGUUCUACUCAUUGCCUUUCAAUCUUAACAAAUUCUUCCCGUCAGUAUAAAGCGCAGGUGCUUCCACCGAUCAGAGGUCAUGAAAGUGGAUUGCUUAAUGGCUCUCCAUGGCGGAAAAGAGGGAUAAUAGCGUCAUUCCCGUAAUAUGAACUGCAUUGCUAGUUUAUCAGAAUCCUUCUGUCAAACUCCCUUUUUUGGUAUUAUUGAUAUAUGUAAUUUUUUUGUAUAUCUUUGAAAGGUAUAGGAUUGCAAUUAACUGUGCAUCAUAGAUGGCAAUUUGUUUCACUUUCUGUGAUGCUCCACCGUUUCUCUUGGGUGGCCCAAAACAGUUUUGCUUCUCAACUUCUAGCUCGUCGAGAACUGAUCUAGGGCCUAAAACCGUCAAUAAAGUGUGUUAAUCUUGUAGAUGCUAAAGAUGGUGGCUUAUAUUUCUUUUCA